CUCCACACGGUUGCUCACGCAAGUCGCGAUUUCCAUUUCGCCCACGCAGCAGCACCAAGAUGAACGCGGUCGUCGGCGCCAUGAUGGGGUCCUACGACCUCCAGAACGCGCAGCGCUGGCGCACCGAGGACAUGGAGCACCGCAAGCAAGAGAUCCAGUGGCGCGAAGACGACGUGAAGCGGCAGCAUGCGUGGCGGCUCGAAGACAUUGAACGCGAGCGCCGCCUCCAGAAGCUCGAGAACGAGCGCCGGGUCACAGACGCACGCAGCGAGCAGCUCUCGGCGGUCUCGAACCUCUCGGCGCUCCUCGGCGGCUUCGCCAUGGUGGCCAACGUCGAAAUCAACUUGCCCGAUGAUGUAGCAUGGAGCGUCAUGUUCCUCUACGGCACUGUGAGUGCCAGCGUCAUCUUGUGCAUGCUUUGCUGCAUGCUCAUGUGCACGCUCCUCCUCCUCGCGAUUACGCGGUACGCGUCGCUGGAUCUCGAAAACGACCUGCGGCUCCUCGAUUUCGAGCAGCUUGACGUCGAGUCGCCGUUCUACGUCUGGUGGCUCAAGCGCUGCGAGAAGGACUGGCAGCUUGCAUAUGGCUUCUUCCGUGUCGGUAUAUUUCUGUUCCUGUGGACGGUCGCGCUCGUGGGCUGGGUCCAGUUUGAGCGGACGAUCUACGCUGGCAUUGGCAUGUCGACCAUCUCGUUCCUCUCGUUUGUGUUUUGGCAAGUGCGGAUGGAGAGCAAGUGGCGCUACCUCCUUGAGUCCCCGGAGGGCGCGAGCGUCCCACCUUCGUACCAGCAAGUGUCGGACGAAGAGGCGCGGCUCCGGACGCGGUCGCUCACGGAGCUCUUUGAGCGCGUCUUCACGACACGCAACAACACCAGUGGUCGCACCACGGAGCCCGACGACCGACGCACAACCCGAUACGGCGCGUACGUCCCUGCAUCAUCUCCCUCCCGAGACCCCACGUCGGUCGCACGCUGACCGACGCCUUGUCCGUCGCUCCGUAGGCUCACGACCCCUCGGCCGUCCCAAGACGCCGCCAGCGAGGCCCGUCGGCGGGUGUAGCCAUACAACUGACAACACAAAGAUGCCACGUCUUAUUUGGAGGAUACGAUGUCAUUGCCGACGAGGCGUCUACAGGUCCUUGGGCGCGAGCAGGUCAAAGUAGAGCUCGACGCCGUACUAUAUGCAUGGUAUCUGGUGAGCA